GAGAGGAUUCACUCUGGGACUUGGUAAGUCCACUUACCCAUAGAGGUCUUCCAUGACGACUGAGGGAAGCACACAGAGUAAUUUUAUUUCGAGGAAGAGAUGCAGCAGGAUCAGAAAGAAAUCCUGGUCUUUCUGGGCAAGGGCUUUAAGGUGGCGGUGAAAAGACAAAAUUUUUAGCUUUUCUGUGCCUUUAAUAAAUUCUUACUGAAUCUGAAAGUUUGGUUGGACCACUGCCUGAGAAUCUGUCUCUUCUCAGGGGUCCUCAGAAAAGAGCAUUAGAAACCUCUGAUUGAGGACGUGCGCGGCCCCGCCUCCAGUCCUUCAGCCCGGCCGCAGUAUCACGGCGCAGCCGCCAGGGGGUGCAGACUUCGGGCCCAUCAGUGAGACUUGGGGCGGGGCCAACUGCGCGGCGGGCCCUGGCACGGCUUCCGGUUUCCGGCGGAGCCAUCGAUCGACGCGCGCAGCCGUCAUGGCCGCGGAGGAGAAGGAUCCCCUGAGCUAUUUCGCGGCUUACGGGAGCAGCAGCUCAGGCUCCUCGGACGAGGAGGAUAACAGCGAGCCGGAGGAGACAAGUCGUAAGGCCUCGGAUCCAGCGAAGUCGGCGGGCGGCUGUGGGAACAAGGCGGAGAAGCGGCUGCCUGGACCCGACGAGCUGUUCCGGAGUGUGACUCGCCCGGCCUUUCUCUACAAUCCGCUCAACAAACAGAUCGACUGGGAGAGGCACGUCGUCAAGGCGCCAGAGGAGCCUCCGAAGGAAUUCAAAAUAUGGAAGUCAAACUAUGUACCACCUCCGGAGACCUACUCUACUGAGAAGAAACCUCCCCCUCCAGAGCUGGAUAUGGCAAUAAAAUGGUCUAACAUAUAUGAGGACAAUGGUGAUGAUGCCCCACAGAAUGCUAAGAAAGCUAGGCUUCUCCCAGAAGGGGAGGAGACAGUGGAAUCAGAUGAUGAAAAAGAAGAACAUACUUCUAAAAAGCGCAAAAUAGAACCGGGAGAACCAACAAAGAAGAAAAAGUAGAAAACAAUUGACAAGAAUUUUUGGACUGUGAAACUUUGUUGAAAUGAGUUUUUUUGGCAGAUUAAAUUGAUAUUGUAAAUUAUUAUGAAACAACAUCUCCAUGAAAGUAUAUGUUAAUUAGCUAAUGAGUAUUGGUGCAGGAACCUUCCACUGUAGAAUUCAUUUUUUAUUUAAAACUUAUAUGUAUUUAAAACU